UGCUUCACACUGUGAUUCGGUCACUGUAAACACAUACAGAACCGCAACUGUAAACUCAGCAAGCAAGAUGUUGGUGUUUUUCGCGGUGGUCUUAUCGUUGUCACUUGCGUCCGCAUUUGCGGACCGAGUGCCGCGCAGUUGUGGCGCUUGCGAACCCAGCCUGUGCGACCCUCUUCCAGAGGAGGGCUGCAAGUCUGGCACGAUUUUCGACUCCUGCGGUUGUUGUUCACUUUGCGCGGCUGGAGAGGGGGAGCCAUGCAGGGGGCGCGGAACCACAGCCAAGCGUUGCGCCUCUGGGCUGGAGUGCGUAAAGAGCGACAAGAACAAGAAGACAAAGCUCGGCGUUUGCGCCUGCAAGACCAACUACGAAAUGUGUGGCUCUGAUGGAGUGACCUAUAAAACUGGCUGCGACUUGAAAGUUGCCAGCCUGAAAUCGGUGAGCGAGGAGAAGCCAGAAAUCAAAGUCCUGAAUAAAGGAAAAUGCGCAACAGGUGAGAAUGGGGGGACGGUAGAUAACAGUAAACUUAUUAUUAUUAUAAAGAGCGCAGUAGUAGGCUAGUGGAAAUUGAAUUCUCGCUAUUUUGGAAACAUUAAUAUUUUAUAUUUUGUGUAUUAUGCUACAAUAAUUCGCAUCCAUCAUGUCAAAUACAUUCUGGCCUUCUAGCCAAUAGUUCACCAAGGGGCCUAAGAUAUUACAUUUUGGUGUGACUGUUCACUCAUAUUGACUCAUAUUAUCCCCUCUUCUUUAUAAAUAAUUGAGUUGUUAAAAUAAAAAACGUUUAAGAUGUCUUGAGUAGGCUAAUUAAUUAACCAUUACAAUGUACAGUAAAUUAUGUUAAUGUAAAAUCACUGCUGGUAUUUCAUCUAUUGUCAAUGUUUGCCUUGCAUGAACUGAUUCUAUAUGGUAUUGAUUUGACUUUUGUCCAAUGCACUAUCAACUUACAUUGUUAUUGUACAUCACUGCCACAAUGCACUGAUUUGUCUUGGGAUAGACAUGAGUGCUCUCUAGUUACUGGAUAGAAGAACUGGCUGAGAAAUAUGGAAAAUCUGGGGCACUGUCCACUGGGUGUGGACAAGGUUAACAUCAUCCUCUACCUCUAUAACCCUUCCAAAACAACCAGAGUUAACUAAAGCCAGCCACUGAACAAGCUGAAAGCCAUUGUCUCCACUCUGGGGUGGCACCCUCCAUAGCCCUGAACAGACAUGUCUGACAUUUCACCAUCCAAGGGAGGGAUUUUACAUUUUGUAAAGGAGGAUGACUGUCGAUCAAAAAGCAGUGCCUCGCCUACAUACACACAGACAGGCCCUGUUGGUUUACAGCAAAGCCAGUUGACUUCAGUGUUUAGUUCAGUGAACCUUCACAUGAUUAAUUAUAACUGCAUGCUGGUUCUGGAUUAGGCAGGCGAAAGGGUUCGGGAUGUGGAAAAAAACACACUGGCUGGCAAAAAAAAGUCAUGCCACGCAAAAAGCCCCAGACUAAUUUGCCAGUAUCCAACAGGGUGAGGUUGGAGAGCAACUUUAGAUGUGCCCUGCAGGCUCUCAGAGAGGUCAAAGAUAGCACAACAUUUACAUUUCAGGCAUUUAGCAGACGCUCUUAUCCAGAGCGACUUACAGUUAGUGCAUACAUUAUUUUUUUUAUCAUACUGGCCCCCCGUGGGAAUAGAACCCACAACCCUGGCGUUGCAAACGCCAUGCUCUACCAACUGAGCUACAUCCUGGGCCAAUUGUGCGCCGCCCCAUGGGUCUCCCGGUCGCGGCCGGCUACGACAGAGCCUGGAUUCGAACCAGGAUCUCUAGUGGCACAGCCACUAGUGCCUUAGACCACUGCGCCACUCGGGAACGUUAGGUUCAAGUUCAAGGCCAACAUUCCUCUCUCUACUCCAUGUUGUUCUUGUUUUCUCAGAGUCCAUUGGCUAGGCCUAGGGUUUCAGGGGAGGAUUUUGUUGACCAUACUUAAUUGGUAACAGUAAAUUUCACCAGAACUCAAAACAACAGGGGCCUCUAACUACUGUAUAUGAGACAGUGUUUAUUUAUUAUAGUCAUGAUCAUAUGAUAUCCAUUCCUUGGGUUGGAGUAUAGAGCAUUGAAAAUACUACCUAGUCAAUCUUCCAUAGCCCUGUGGCAUCAUAAUAUUUUUCUAAAGAGGCCUUUACUUUGCAACACCUGUCAUCCAAAGCCUAGUCGUCAUAACUAAAAUAACAUUUCAGAAAAGCUACAUUUCUGUCGACAUUGUGGACCACAUACAAAGUAUUAUGUGCCAGAAGUGUGAAGUGAUGUAAAUACACACAUUAUUUUCUUGACCCAUAAAAACAACAGAAAAUUAUGUUUGAGCUAAGCACAUUACUAGAAGUUUUGUUUAUCAGAUUAAAUAAUAAAGUUUGAAUUUGUGCAACUCCGCAUGAAGCCUGUUCCAAUGUUUCAAAGGUAAUGACAGUAAUGUUCAGUGUUCAUAUUGAGAAACCUAACAGAGCUACUGUUUAACUAAUUCUGACUGGCAUGAGAAAACUAAAGCGAGAAAGUAUGCUUAAUAUUUCACUAAAUUACUCACUAACAGAAUUAAUUCUAAACUCCUUGAUGUUGUCCAUGUUACAUCAACUCCAUCACUUAUUGUCCUGACCUUAAAAAAAGGCACAUUCAUUCCUUUCUGGAUGGCUAAAGGGACUAGAGAUGCUAUCUGUUCAUUUAUAACACGCUCACUCAUUUAUAUAAUACGUUUAUCACAUAUCAAUCAGAACAUCUCGCUACCAUAUUACUGCUUUGACAUUUCCGACCUGUACCAGCUAGUCCCAGUGGAUUACAGCAGAGCUAUCUCUGAUUCCGCCCGAGUUAAAGAUAAGCGUUACAGGUUGAUUUGAAGGAGAUAAUAAAUCCACUCAAUCAUCUCAUUUUUUUUCUAUGUUUUCUUCUCCUCCACAGCACCUGUCAUUGUGACGGCCCCUGGUGAGGUCUACAAUGUCACAGGCUCCCAGGUGUACCUGAGCUGCGAGGCCAUUGGAAUCCCCACCCCCGUGAUCACCUGGAAGAAGGUACCAGAAGGUUCAAUAGAGGUCACUAGGACUUGUUCAAUUCAAAUCUGUAUCCACACUUUUCUGAGGUGUGGUACAAAAAAAUACAAAUUGCUCCAUGCUUUGAGAAAGCAUUUCUAUAUGGGUAUAUUUUGUUUCAGAAACACUCACAUAUGUAGUUUAGUAUGAUGGUUCAAAUAACUUUACAUAUGGUAGGUCGUUAAUGUAUUUUGCUAUGUCUAGUUAUUCAUACGUCCCCUUCCACUGAUUGCUGAUUUGGGCUCUAUAUUUGAGGACACAAUGGAUGAAAGAGAUGUGAAAAUAGAGGAUAUGAAGCAUGCUAUUGUUAACCACAAUAGCACAGGACAUGAGGGGUUAGAGGGGAAAUCCUUAAUUAUUAUCUGAUCUUUACAGUCAAGGCUUUACUUAUACCCACGGUCAGCAGCUAACAUUCUUAACAUUCCUCAAGAAAAAAAGUAGAGGCAUGAAAUUCCCAUUGGUUCCACAGAGACAAAAAAUACUAAAGUAAAUGAGGAUCAUUCAGAAUGAGGCUGAGAAAAUAAGUAGGAAAGGGAGGGGAGACAAACGGCCAUGGAAAGCCAGGAUGCAUGAAGUCAAUGUGGAGAACACAACUCAUCAUUCCUGGACAGACAAGGAAGUUAACCUACUGUUUGCUUACUCUCAAAAUAGAGCAAGAGACCACUCUGAAUAGGAUUUAAUAUGAAAACAGAUAUUUAAUCAAGAUGAGCAUCUGGAAGUUUGGUGGGUAAACCAAAACAAGUCUCCCUGCACUGAGAGAGAGAGAGAGAGAGAGCGAGAUUGAAUUUAUAUACGUUUUGAUGUUGUAAGCAUUGUUUUAUUGAUUCGAUUAGCCCAAACUUCCACACUCUCAGCUAAACAGAAUGUUGCUUUGUUCGAACAGUGCCCAUAGAUUUGACUUAUUUACACUGAACAAAAAUAUAAACGCAACAUGUAAAGUGUUGGUCCCAUGUUUCAUAAGCUGAAAUAAAAGAUCCCAGAAAUGUUCCAUAUGUACAAAAAGCUUAUGUCUCUCAAAAAUGUGUUUACAUCCCUGUUAGUGAGCAUUUAUCCUUUGCCAAGAUAAUCCAUCCACUUGACAGGUGUGGCAUAUCAAGAAGCUGAUUUAACAGCAUGAUCAUUACACAGGUGCACCUUGUGCUGGGGACAAUACAAGGCCACUCUAAAAUGUGCAGUUUUGUCACACAACACAAUGCCACAGUCUCAAGUUUUGAGGGAGCAUGCAAUUGGCAUGCUGACUGCAGGAAUGUCCACCAGAACUGUUGCCAGAUAAUUUAAUGUUCAUUUCUCUACUAUAAGCCACCUCCAACGUUGUUUUAGAGAAUUUGGCAGUACGUCCAACCGGCCUCACAAAUGGAGUAGGAAACAGGGACACUGGACUGAUGAGUGAGAGACAGAGAGAGAGAGUGAAGAGAAGAGGGUGACCAACAUCUUCUACACACCAAAACAGGCCAAACUCACAUGCAGCUGGUUAUCACACUUCAUCCAGUGAGCUAGAAGUUACAAUACAACACAAGAUGGAUGGUUUGGACCCAAUAGGUCAUGUCAUGUGUUUAAGGUUGCAAAGCUACCAGUAAUUGACCAAAGUUACUGGAAUCUUCAGUAAUUUUGGUAAUUAACAGAAAAUCUAUGGCAAUCUAUCGUAACUUUGUUAAUUUAUACUUGAAUGACUUGUACAAAAUGUAUUUAAAAAAUGUGUCCAUAUUGUCCAUGAGUUUCUACUAGAUAGACCAUGUGGUUCAAGAGAAAAUAGCCUAAUUAAUGAAAAAAGCAUCUAAUCAACAAUUAACUCUGCAACUCUUCCAACAAUUGACUUUUCUUCACAACUGCCACUAGUUUGGCGCAAAAACAUUGACAAAAAAUACAUAUUGACAUAGUAAAAUAAAUAAAAGUCUCAAAAAAAUAUAUAAAGGAUAUUUCAUGCUGAAACCCUCAUUAAACACCAAUGGUACUCACUAAAUUGAUGGUUUAUAUUUAGGAAAAUGUUUUACAGCUUUGUCAAUGUAUUUUGUAUUUUAUUUUCAUCUUAUUUAAUUAGUUAAUAUAUUUUACAUGUGAUAAGGCCACACAGAGGGUCAGAGAUAAUUACAGACGCCUGUGAUAAUCUGAAGUACUCAAAAGGGCCACUAGAUGUCUUGUGAUAGAUGACAUAAAAUCCAUGAAAGAUACCAAAAUUCUGGUGGUUUACUGGUAAACUUCGAAAGUUUCAAGUAAUAAACCCUGCCUUUGCAACUCUACAUGUGUUACAUCCGUCUUUCCGUUUCAAUACUUCCUUAUGUCUCUCUGUUGUCUCUUUCUUUUGUCCUACUGAUUUCCCAGAUGAGCCUUUCUUUUCUUUGCUUAUAUCAUGUGUUUUUAUAGCUGUAGAUGUCGGUGUCUGAGCUUAGGUCAUAUAAAGAGAACGUGAUCUUAGAUUACAUGAAAUAACAUUUGAUUUAGCCGGUUGUCUCUUGAGCUGAAGCGUUGAAUGUUUUCAGUUUCACAGUUGCACAGUUGCACACACACAUCAUGCUUUUAAUGGGUUGAUUCGAUUAGUUAGUUAUUAAGUGAAUGGUUGUUUUCCCAGGUCACCAGCGGAAAACAGAGAAUGGAGCUGCUUCCAGGAGACAGAGACAACCUGGCCAUUCAGACCCGUGGAGGACCUGAGAAACAUGAGGUCACUGGCUGGGUCCUGGUGAGUCCAACCAGUCCACACACACACACACACACAUUAACACACAGACUGUUAUUAUUAUUAUUAUUAUUAUUAUUUUUUUUUUUUUGUGGGGGGGUGGGGGGUAGAUCAGCUUUAAUAUUGCAGCUAGAUUGUGGCUUCUGUCAGUGUAAUUGUCUGCAUCAUUUCCAAUCCCCCAUAUGUAUAUAUAUUUGUUUUUGUAACCCUGCCACCCCUCCGCUAAUUGGAGUAAACUAAUGGAAAACAAUACUUAGGCUUCCACUUCCAGCUUAUCCAUACUAAAUACAUUUCACGGACAGUAUAUUUUACAUUAGUUAUCUUUUGUUUGGUUUUAGUCCCAGCCUUCAGCUACCCUCAACCCCUCCCAUCUAUCUCUGAAGACCAUCCAGUUUUUAUUUCUAGCUGCCAUAUCUUUUUCUACUGUGCUGUGAUGUUCCACAAAAGUUCUGAACCUUUCUAUUCUCAUAGUUUCUACAGAUUGUAAAUUAAAGAUAAACACUUUUGCUAAGAGUAUUAUAGUAUUAUUGAUCAAUUGACUAUGACUUUUCAAAUAACCCAGCAGUGCCAUUUCCAAGUAAAUGUUGCAAUCUUUCAGCCAUUCCUGAACCUGCGACCAAAAACGAGCUACAUACAGUGGGGAAAAAAGUAUUUAGUCAGCCACCAAUUGUGCAAGUUCUCCCACUUAAAAAGAUGAGAGAGGCCUGUAAUUUUCAUCAUAGGUACACGUCAACUAUGACAGACAAAAUGAGAUUUUUUUUCUCCAGAAAAUCACAUUGUAGGAUUUUUAAUGAAUUUAUUUGCAAAUUAUGGUGGAAAAUAAGUAUUUGGUCAAUAACAAAAGUUUCUCAAUACUUUGUUAUAUACCCUUUGUUGGUAAUGACACAGGUCAAACGUUUUCUGUAAGUCUUCACAAGGUUUUCACACACUGUUGCUGGUAUUUUGGCCCAUUCCUCCAUGCAGAUCUCCUCUAGAGCAGUGAUGUUUUGGGGCUGUCGCUGGGCAACACAGACUUUCAACUCCCUCCAAAGAUUUUCUAUGGGGUUGAGAUCUGGAGACUGGCUAGGCCACUCCAGGACCUUGAAAUGCUUCUUACGAAGCCACUCCUUCGUUGCCCGGGCGGUGUGUUUGGGAUCAUUGUCAUGCUGAAAGACCCAGCCACGUUUCAUCUUCAAUGCCCUUGCUGAUGGAAGGUGGUUUUCACUCAAAAUCUCACGAUACAUGGCCCCAUUCAUUCUUUCCUUUACACGGAUCAGUCGUCCUGGUCCCUUUGCAGAAAAACUGCCCCAAAGCAUGAUGUUUCCACCCCCAUGCUUCACAGUAGGUAUGGUGUUCUUUGGAUGCAACUCAGCAUUCUUUGUCCUCCAAACACGACGAGUUGAGUUUUUACCAAAAAGUUAUAUUUUGGUUUCAUCUGACCAUAUGACAUUCUCCCAAUCCUCUUCUGGAUCAUCCAAAUGCACUCUAGCAAACUUCAGACGGGCCUGGACAUGUACUGGCUUAAGCAGGGGGACACGUCUGGCACUGCAGGAUUUGAGUCCCUGGCGGCGUAGUGUGUUACUGAUGGUAUGCUUUGUUACUUUGGUCCCAGCUCUCUGCAGGUCAUUCACUAGGUCCCCCCGUGUGGUUCUGGGAUUUUUGCACACUGUUCUUGUGAUCAUUUUGACCCCACGGGGUGAGAUCUUGCGUGGAGCCCCAGAUCGAGGGAGAUUAUCAGUGGUCUUGUAUGUCUUCCAUUUCCUACUAAUUGUUCCCACCGUUGAUUUCUUCAAACCAAGCUGCUUACCUAUUGCAGAUUCAGUCUUCCCAGCCUGGUGCAGGUCUAUAAUUUUGUUUCUGGUGUCCUUUGACAGCUCUUUGGUCUUGGCCAUAGUGGAGUUUGGAGUGUGACUGUUUGAGGUUGUGGACAGGUGUCUUUUAUACUGAUAACAAGUUCAAACAGGUGCCAUUAAUACAGGUAACGAGUGGAGGACAGAGGAGCCUCUUAAAGAAGAAGUUACAGGUCUGUGAGAGCCAGAAAUCUUGCUUGUUUGUAGGUGACCAAAUACUUAUUUUCCACCAUAAUUUGCAAAUAAAUUCAUUAAAAAUCCUACAAUGUAAUUUUCUGGAUUAUUUUCUCUCAAUUUGUCUGUCAUAGUCGACGUGUACCUAUGAUGAAAAUUACAGGCCUCUCUCAUCUUUUUAAGUGGGAGAACUUGCACAAUUGGUGGCUGACUAAAUACAUUUUUUCUAAUGAUUCUGUCUCUUCGCAGCAAAAUCUGCAGAGCUGGGAUGGUUGUAUCCCUCAUAUAUGACAUUCUAUUGGUUGCAAGAAUUUUGUAUUAUAAUUUAAAUUGAAAAACUCUAGUUUGUUCUGAAUCCGGCAUCGUUUUGUAUAUCAGUUCAUAAACCAUGUGCCAUGCAAUUGGUACAUCGAAAAUCUCCUUCCAACUAUUUUCCAACCUGUAUGGCGCAUCUGUAAAUGUUUUGGUCCUUAAAUGAAACUGGUAUACUUUAUUUAUCACCAUUUUCUUUAGCCAAUUUUGGUCUUUAAUGAAGGGCCGACAGACAAGUUCCUUACCUUCUCCCCUUUCCAGUUGCCUCCUCCAUUUUUGCGGUAAUGCUGCAAUCAGUUGGUUGUAAUUUUGGAUAGAGCAGACAUUUCCAUAUAUUUUUGUUAACUGCAUGUGUGACAUAACUCCACCAGUUCUAUUUAUUAUAUAAUUUACAAAGAUCAUACUGUUUUUCUUUUUUUCCCCAAAAAAUAAUGUUUUUUUAAAUCAGUUAGUAUAUUUGAGUUUAACCAUAAUAUCUGUUCUAAUAUUUGUUCUGUCUUUCAUGGUGAAUUAAACUGAAAUUGCAACCAGCUGUCUAUUGCUUGUUUUAAAAAUAGUGAUAUUUUGGAGAUUAUUUCAAUUUCAAAUAACCGAAAGUGAGAGGUUGUAAUCUGAAUGAAGGGAAAAAGGCCAUUCUUGAGCUAUUCUCACUAAUCUACUAGAGAACCAUUUCAGAUUCAACUAUACUUUUUUUUAUGAUUGAAGCCUUUAGUGAGAGGUCCAAUGUUUUAAUAUUUAAUCAUUUCUGCCCUCCGAAUUCAUAUUCAUUAUAUAAAUAGGCCCGUUUAAUUUUGUCUGGCUUGCCGUUCUAAAUAAAGUGGAAUAUUUUUUGCUCAUAUAAUUUAAAAAACAAGUCGUUAGGUGUAGGCAGGGCCAUAAGUAAAUAGGUAAACUGGGAUAUGACUAAAUCAUUAAUCAGGGUGAUCUUUCCAGAAAUAGACAGGUGUUGCCCUUUCCAUGGUAGCAAAAUCGUAUUUAAUUUGGCUAACUUUCUAUUAAAAUGUAUUGUAGUGAGAUCAUUUCUUUCUUUCGGGAUAUGAAUACCGAGUAUGUCUAUUUCACCAUCAGACCAUUUUAUAGGUAAACUACACGGUAAUGUAGAAGUUAUAUUUUUUAGCGAUCCAAUAUGUAAUAUGGUGCAUUUAUCAUAAUUCGGUUUUAAUCCAGAGAGGUUAGAAAAAUGAUCUAGAUCCUCUAUGAGGCUGUGGAGGGAUCCAAAUUGUGGAUUUAAAAGAAAACAGGAAAUGUCAGCGUACAGUGACACCUUUGUUUUUAAACCCUGGAUUUCUAGCCCGCUGAUAUUAUUGUUGGAUCAGAUUUUAAUAGCUAACAUUUCGAUGGCCAUAAUAAAUAGAUAUGCCGAUAGUGGACAACCUUGUUUUACUCCUCUUGACAAUUUAAUACUUUCUGAGAAGUAGCCAUUAUUUACAAUUUUACACCUGGGGUUACUAUACAUAACUUUAACCCAUUGAAUAAGAGAUUCUCCAAAAUUAAAAUAGUCCAGUCAUUUAUAUAUAAAUUCCAGUCGUACUUUAUCAAAGGCCUUUUGAAGGUCAGCUAUGAAUACCAGGCCUGGUGUUCCAGAUUUUUCAUAGUGUUCUCUAGUCUUUCCAGUAUUUGUCUUAUAUUAUCUCCAAUGUAUCAUCCAUGAAAAAAACCUGUCUGAUUAGGAUGAAUAAUAUCCAUUUAAAUUCUAUGCAUUUUGCUAAGAUUUUGGCAUCACAACACUGAAGUGUAAGGGGUCUCCAGUUCUUUUUAGAUAGACUGGAUCUUUAUAUUUACCACCUGGGUCCUGUUUCAGUAAUAGUGAAAUCAGACCUUGACUUGAAACACUGUUAGUACAAAGGAUUUUAGCUGUCAUACAGACUUGUGGGUUGUCCCACAGAAACAAAUCAGUCAAAUACCUCAAGGCCCACACACAGAGGUAGUAAAGGUAGAAAUGAAGCAUAGGAUGGAAGAGUUAUGUAUUAGAUAGCUGACAUUCUAUUACUUUAUUUAUAUGAAUAUUAUUAUCUGAGGCACAUUCCAAAGUUAUCUAUGAACGCUACUCAUUGACUUAUUCUUUUCAGAGCCUCUACAUAACAGAGAGUUUAAGACACAUGCAACUCCUUCCUCCAUGUCUGAGUAAAUGAACAUAAAACAUUGGUGGGCCCUGUUCAGUGGUUAGAUCUAUCUAUCUCUCUCCCUCCCCCUCUUUAUCUCUCAGUAUUCUUCUCCCCUGCUGUCAAACAUCACAUUCAUUCAAUUUCAGAAUAUCUAUCAUCCACCAUAUUUUCUUCUCAUUGGCCACCUUCCAUGGUAUGUUUGUACUUGUGAUAAGUAUUUAAAAACCUACACAGGUGCAAGCCGGCACUGGACAGCAGUCAGACAGCCGUAAACAAUCCAGAACGCUUCUUUCUGCUUGAAAUGGCACCCUUGCUCUGUCGAAAUGAGCUGAGCUUGGCUGGGAUGGAGAGUUUGAGGCUGUGUUUGUGUCGCCUUGAGUGUUCUAAUAAAAUCAGAUAAGGCGAUAACAGCCACCACCAUGCUUUUCAGAUCUCGCCGCUCACCAAGAAAGAGGCUGGCUCAUAUGAGUGCCACGCUGUCAACGCCAAAGGAGAGGCCUCAGCGGUGGGCACCAUUCACGUGGUGGAGUCCAUCGAUGACAUCCCUGUCAAGAAAGGUACCCAAGCGCAUCCUUUUCUAUUUCACUGCUAUUUCUACUCUGUUUCAUGUUAAAUCUAGACCCACACAAUAUGGCACCAAAGGGCAAUAUCUACCACAUACAAAGAGCAAAUGUAGGUAUUCAAAGGGCAAAUCAAAGGGUGUGUAUGUACAGUAUGUGUGAGUUCUUUGGAAUUCAGGCCCUCUAGCCUGUGGUUCCCAUCCUGUCCUGACAUGUUUAGGAAUGCAUGCUUGGCUUGGCUUGGUCCACAUCACUUGGCUGCUCUCUUGACAGGGCUUGAUGGUUGCCUUCGACAAGGCAGCGUGUGUUACUGGGUGUGUAACUGGUGCAAGCGUUGACAGAUGCAAUCAUUGCACUGCCUAUAAAGCUGCGCUCUAAAAAGGAAUCAGGGAUAGAUAUGUGAUACAAAUCUGAUGGAAACCGAUCAAAGUAUUCAGGUCUCCCCCAGAGUCAUAUAUAAGACUAUGGUCUCCCCUAUCAUUGGUCAUAAAUAGGACCAGUUAAGGACCCUUACCCUAGAAAUUCACUUGCCUCUGUAAUAAAUUCACUUAUCCAAUCUGUCAUUGUGGUCUUGCCUGUGUGUCUCUUCCAGUGACCAAGGAUGAUGAGCUGUAAGGCGUCUCAGCACAGUAGAGCCCCAGUGGCAGCUCCUGACAGGAUCAGGAGAGGAGGGAGCAGCCCCGACCAUCCCACCAGGAGACCUGUACAAUGACUAAGAAAGAGGACCAAUGGCCACCAUUAGCAUCCCAGAGAUCCAUCAGAUUUAUAUUUGAUAACGUUGCCAUUUUGUCAAUAUUUUUUUGUAUAUUUUAGUAGCCACUCUUAUCCAGAGCAACUUUCAGUAGUGAGCGCAUACAGUUUUUUUAAAAAUCAUACUGGUCCCCUAUUGGAUCAAACCCACAACCCUGGCUUAGUAAGUGCCAUGCUCUACCAACUGAGCCACACAGGACCUGUAACAAGUCCCAUUUUUCAUAGUCAUAUUCAGUACACUGUAUUGUAGAUAUAGCCAUCCACAAGACGCACCUAGGCC